AUGUCGGUUUGCGCUUGGGCCUCGCUCUCUAUCGACCAGAUGAAUUGCGCACCAAAGGCGGGACGCCGGGCGGCCGCCAUCAUGGGCCGGCUGCUUCGACGUCAGAGCUCCGUGGCUCAGGCACCUGGCCUCCGAUCAUAUCCUGUCAUUGGCAGUAUGCUCAACCUCCCGGCAGACAACGUGUGGCAUCUGCAGCGGCGGGCGGCGCGCGCGAAUGCGCCGGACAUUUAUUUGAUGUUCGCCAACGGCUACUCCAAAAUGGGCCAUUUCUGUACGAUGGGGUUUCCUGGCGUCGGAGAAGGUGUGCACGGCACCAUCUACAUCUGCUCCGACCCGGAGGAAUACCGGAUGCCCGGCGCAGACGAGCCCGGCGGCGCCACGCGUGGCGCGCUAAACAUCUUCGGGCACGGCGAGGCCUGGCGGCAGGAGCGCAUGUUCUUCCAGCAAGACCUGCAGACGCCAAAGGCCGCACGAGGAUACAUCCCGGGGCUCGCCAAGGCGGCACAGCUUGCGUAG